AUGAUUCACAUACAUGUUGACGAUAUUCAUCCAAUUGAUAUAGAUAUUUAUGUUAAUAUUUCAACGAAAAGUUUUACUAAUUCUACACCAAAAAAAGAUAUUUUAUCACCAAUUCUUGCAAAUGAUUAUCAUCCAAGUCGUGAGGAAAGUGUAUACGAAUGUCUAUAUGAUAAAGAUAUUACUUCAAAUCAAAAGAAAAUUUAUACACUUCAACAAGUACUUGAUAAUGUUGAAUCAAUACAAAAACAGUAUGAACACAUUAUUGAAAAUUCAAUAACAACUCCAUCUUCAUGUUUUAUUUCAUUGAAACAUCUUACAAAAGUUUUCAAAAAUUUUAAAUUCUUACGAAAUAAAUCAAUUGAGCAACCACGAAAAAUCAAUCAAAUUAUCGAUAAAUCACCGUUUAUAUUUGGUGGAGAAACUUUACAAUGGAUUGCUUUACCUCAAUAUCAUGAUCAUAUUUAUGAAAAUGCAUUUAUUAAUUAA